AUGAUCUACCCGUAUGAACAGACAACAGACGAAACCUCGCUGCCAAAUCUUUUGGAUUCACACUCGGACUCGUGGGGGCACGACGGCUGCAAAUGCAGACGUCUGAUUGACAGCUGCCUGCCAAAGGGUGCCUCUGUCAUUUUGCGCUCAGCUCGAGCUCCUCCUCGCAAUCCACCUGCGACGGCGCCGACCUGUCACUUUGCAGUUUUCCACUUCCUCGAGAUCCGAGUCCUCGACUCCUCGCCACGGCAGAGAAAUGACAUUACGGAAUGCAGACCCCCGGAUAUGCAUGACUUGACUCCCAACAUGCAGGAGGAGCGAAACACCCGCCACUGUGUUAUCCGCGCCAACGCGCAGCCAGUUUUAUUCUUUGUUCUUUGUGCUACCACUCGAUUGGCUUCCACGCAAAGCAAACAUGGAUUCAACCUGGGUGAUAUUUGCUGUCCCUAUGAGAUGGAGACGCUAGCGAUGCCGAUCACCAAUGCCAGCCACGCAAAGCUCAAGCAGGAAACGCAAUACCGCUCGCCCAACUUUGAAGUACUGAGUCGUGUGAAAGAUCGGCUGCAAUAUCACAUUCUAGAGAAAGUCGGUUUCCUGUGGCUCCAAAGCCACAUCGCACUCCGCAUCGAUCGUGCGACACUAAACCAAACCAUGCUCUCUAAACUAUUUCUGCUACCACCCAAGAAGCACGGAUACAUUGCCUUCUCCCGACCAUAUUCUGACAUCGAAAGGAAGAGCCUUGCCGUAGUGGUGUAUUGCCCCUUUACACUGCUUGAAAAGAAAGUUUCCCUUUGCUUGUCAUAA